CUGAUGCUCCACUUCCCAAAACUUCUGGACUUCGAUCGUGAUUCAAUGGGUACGAAGUACAUAUAUCCGUCGAGCUGGCGAUGACGUUUCUGCGAAUCAAUGCGGCGAACACCUUGAAGAGGAGUUUUGCUUCUCCAACUGCGAUACGACCCACCCGACUGUCCAAGCGAUCAACUUGUCCGGCAUGGCAAGCUCCGAAUCUAGCCGUACGAUCAAUAUCGUCGACGAAAAUUAGGGAGAAGAAGGUCGAAUUUACCCAGAAACAAGAGGCGGAAGCUGCAACUCCCACAAAAGAUGACAAUCGAGCGCAGGAUCGCAAAGUUCCCCGUAAGAAUGCUGCGAAGACGUCGUCGCUAAGGAGGGUAGCUGUUGAAGCUCAAAGAUCGAGAGGGAUCGUAAGAGGGAAAGGGAAUAAGCGAUUCGUAGACCCAGAUGCCGAGACCAAGAAUGUGACGGCGUAUUGUGCUGCGGAACAAUACAGCAUCUCUGCUGCUGCCCGGCUCAUCAGGGCUCAGGGAUAUGAAAUCGAUCCAUUGCAGACUGGGCUUUAUCCUCAAGUAAUUCACAUCACAACAACAGAAAGGCCGUCCGAGGUCAAGGAUUUCCAAUCGGGCGACAUCUUCAUCUUCCCCUCCGGGACGGUCGUAACAUGGAAUGUUCGAGAAAGAGAAGCUUUACAUCUGGUGAACAAGAUACUCCCGGCGGCUGCAGAAGGAUCGCAUCUGGACCUCCUAGAGACGGAAGAUCUAGACUAUCUCGAGGACCCCUCCAGCGAAAGCAGUGAGAUUAUUGGAGAUACAAUCAUUCUGGGCACAAGAGCUGAAGCCAACAUUCCCGAGUCCAAUGAAAACGUGAGCGAAGAAACAGAUCAACGCCAUGAGGUGGAUACUGUGCUGGCAAAGAUCGCGUUCUCUUCUGGGCUGGCCCGAUCCACCAAACUGGCAGUAUUGGAAAGUCUUCUCAGCGCCUAUCAAGAUUCCACUCGAUUAAUCCCCACGAUGCUGGCGAAAGGCGAGAGCAUCUCACUUGGACGGAAAAACGUUCCAUUUACGAGGUCCUUCAUCCUACGCAAGACAGGCGAGUUAUUAAGCAUACGAGCGCAACUAAACCUCUAUUCUGAGCUCACUGACUCCAUGCCUGACAUCUUCUGGGACAGCCGCCACGAAUUGGGGCUUGGCGAGUACUACGACCAGGUCGGACGUGCCCUUGAUGUUGGCGUCCGCAUCAAAGUGUUGAACGAAAAAAUUGGGUUCGCACAGGAGAUCGCAAGCGUGCUACGGGAGUCCCUUAGUGAGAAGCAUGGACUCCGCCUCGAAUGGGCCAUCAUCGCCCUCAUCGCCGUCGAAGUGGUCCUUGAAUUUUACCGCCAUUGGAAGGACUCCGAGGAGAGGGACGACCCGCAGAGUACUGAGUCCCUCCUCCGUCAAUACCUUCAAAGAGUCACUCAGGAGACAAAGUGAGAGAUCAAAAUAUUUGUACUCGUUAGAACCCAGAUUCCUUUAUAUUGAUACCCCACUCAAUGCAGAAUUAUCCCC